UGGUGGGAGAGAUGUGAGGAGUCUGUGACUGCAAGAGCUUGCAAAAAUAACCCAUAUUUCAUUUUUAAAAAGUGUUCUUUAAUCUGCUAAAGGUAAAAUAUUACCAUGUAAAGUGGUGCUCUGAAAGGCUUAGAAAAGCAUGAUAUUGGCCCUUCAAAAUGAAUUGUUACAACCCUAACAACAACAGCAGAAAAAGUUGUAAAGUCCGUCCUUAUUUUGCCCUUUGGCUAAAAUAAAACUUACUAAAUAGGCAAAGUCGCUUUUGGUAUUGGUAAAACAAUAAUAAACAUAUAAAAUACAAGGAUUUGGAGGCCAAAACAAAAAUCCUGUUUAUAUCCACCCCUCAGGUUAGGGUUAAAGAAUAAUAGAUGCACCUUAAAAAAAAAACAAAUCGUGGUCAGAUGCACAAUGGAAGAUUAAAAAUUGGUUACAAAUUAAUGAAAUCAAAACUCACAUUUAUUCAUUUCAAUUCUUGCCCAGUUUGGGUUUUCAUAUGAAGUAAUGCAUAAGUGUGCCAAUAUGUGAGUGACCCUUAAAUCCUCCUCUAGGGCUCCAAAGCCCUAUAUUAUCACCGGCCCAGCCAGCCUUUGUGCUCAUUGAAAUCCUUCCACUUUUUAAGCAAAAAGUGUGUUCUCCUGAGACCAUUUAGGCUCAGAUGAUACAGCUCUUUUAUUUUGAAAAGGUAGUGCACUUUUCCUUUUUUUCAUGAGAAAGAACCCUGGAAAGAACACUUUCUGCUUUCCGUGAGCGUCAGUGCUGCGUGUCUUCCACCAGAGGGCAGCAUAGUGCGGAUUCGCGCGGAACAAACAGGCUCCGGCUGGCCUCGGCCUCUUCAGGGGCGGAUGUUUUCUCAGCACAACUUCCCAAUUUCCCCUUCCCCAACCCCACCACCAAAUAAAAUAAAAUAAAAUAAAAUAAAGGUUUAAAAAGUACUCACUGACAACACGUCUUAUUUCUUCUGUUCAAACUAAUUUAAAGAGUAAAAUAAUUUUAAAGUGGAAGAAAAUAUGAUUAAUAUUACAUUAAUUUAGCAUUAUUAAUCUGGCACUGACCACUAUGAAAUUAGACAGAUUCCACUUUUUAUUUAUUUUUGCACUGAUGGUUAACAAAUCUGAAGUAUUUGUCGUGCAGCUGCGGCAGCUUUAAACCCUCAACCCCGCCCCUGCGCGCUAUCACAUGAAUCUGGACCGUGCGCUGGAUGGGAGAAAAGUUUGGAGACCUCGGAGAAAACUUUUAUCUUGCUACUUUCUUUUCUUCUUUCUUUUUCUCCUCUCACUAAGCCUGUGUUUUCGCUGAAGUCUGGGGAGCGCACGAGCCCGCCUGGUUCCUGCAGGACUCCGGAGAGGAAACGCUCUGGCUGCUUGAAGGGGAGGGGUUUUCGUUUGUUUUCGGUAGGUUUGCUUCGACUCCAGACUUUUUGGCGACAUGGACGCGCACCGGAGCGGGCGGCAGGUCGUGCACGUCCGCGGGGACUCGCAGAAGGAGCUGGAGGCCCUGUUCAGCAGGGUGAUGAACCCCAGCGAGGCGUCCAGGCAGCCGUCGUCGGUUCCGAUGAGGAUGAGGAAGCUGCCCGACUCCUUCUUCAAGCCCCCGGAGCCCCGAGGACACUCCAGACAAGCCAGUUCGGAUGGAGGCGUGUGCGGUUCCCUCACUCCCCAUCACAGCCGCACGGUUUCCGCCCCCGCUGCGCUCCCCGUCAACUCCCUCGCCACCCAAGCAGCAGAUGUCGCAGCGACAUCGAUCAUACCUGACGACGUGCCACUCCCCCACGGUUGGGAAAUGGCCAAAACUCCCACUGGCCAACGAUACUUCCUCAAUCACCUGGAUAAGACAACCACGUGGCUCGACCCUCGCCUCUCGCAGCUACAGUCGGCUCAGCAGCAUCCCAUCUCCACCGCCCCGGUCCAUUCCCACUCCUUCAGCAACCCCGCGCCCACCACACCGGCACAAAGCAUCAACCCCGAGCCAGGUCCACUGCCUGAAGGCUGGGAGCAGGCUGUGACUCCAGAGGGAGAGAUGUACUACAUCGAUCACAUAAAUAAGACCACCACAUGGGUCGACCCGCGUCUAGCCCAGAAAAUGAGUCCCGGCGUCCUCAGCUUGGCCAUGCAACGGCAGGAAAAGCUCAGAUGCAAGCAAGGCGCCCCUCCACAAGUCACACAGCAGGAGGCAGCAGGAAGGAACCAGAUGUCUGCUGGUAUGGACCACGACAGGAGCGGUCAGGUACUCGUCCCAUCGGUGGAUGCCAGAAUCCGAGCCCCAAACCACGAAACCGCACUAAACGGAGCUCACUCUCGCAAUGAGAGCACGGACAGCGGUCUGAGCGUCAGCAGCCUGCCGCGCACGAACGACCACAUGCUGAGCCCCGUGGAUCACAUGGAUAUUGGUGACUCCAGCGACCCCCCCUCGAUGGCGCUGCAGGAGCCGAUGCUUCCAAUGAGUGAAGGCGAGGAGCUGAUGCCCUGCAUCCCUGAAGGUCUGAGCUCAGACCUGCUGAUGGAUAUGGAGACUGUUCUCUCCGGCUCACACAUGGACAGGGACAAUCUGCUCACCUGGCUAUAGGCACAGCCACCUGGCCCAGCUUGAUUUGCCAUCACGUCUCCACAACAUGACUGCGAGUUCUGAAGAAUUUUUGGAUAUGAAAUUGGUACCAAACAUAAUUUAGUUGCGUGAUGGAUCCUAACCCUACUUACAGGAAUGAGUGAAGCGACUGUCUCAGGCGGUGGUAAGCAGCUCGUCUUCUUGUCUGUUUUCACAGUGAUGCCAGUCCCAUCAACAUCUUUCUCUUUCUUUUUUUCAAGUCUUUAAGCUUAAUUAAUGCUUUCCCUUUGGCUGAGCACAUCCUUUUGAAAACUUUUUCCACCAGUUGGGAAUUGUUUUGUAACAAACGGUCACUGAUUUUAGGAAAAUUCUUACAAAAAUUCUUAGAUGGCAAUGAUGCAUCUUUUUGUUUUUUAAAGCUAAAUAUUUGCCUACAGGAUCAAAUGGUGAAAUGCUGCUCCAUCUGCACACAGGAGCUUUCAUUUUUUAGAAAUUGACUAGAUCCAGCCAGUAAGCUCAGAAACUAUUAAUACUACAAAGACUGGCAAGAAGGGGUGAAAGGGCGCCCCCUGGUGGUAAGCUUGAAGAGCAUUUAACCCUAAUGGAGUUGAUAUUUUGCUCCCAAACUGUCAGUCAUGAAAGCUCGCAAAUGUUUUAAGCUAAGAAAGUAUUCUUAAAGCAGAAAAUGUCAGCCUGAGCCGACAGAUCAAGUUUUUUUUUCUUUUACCAACAAACACCUUCAAAAGUGCCGGAGAACCGCCUCACACAAUGACUUCUGAGUCCUCAGUCAUCUUUGCUUCACACAAAGGAACGCUUCAACACACAAAGGAUGUCUCAUGAUCGAUGUCAUGCAGUCCGACUCAAACCGGAUUUCCCCCCGGAAACUGCCAGAAAAACUUCUUUGGUCUUGUUUUUUGCAGUUUUUUUUUUUGUUUGUUUUUUUAAACUGACCCAUCGCCGUUCAGAAAAGAUGCAAAAGUCUGUCUGUCUUUGGAAAUUACUAAUAUAUUGACCCUGUUGAUGCAGUUUGACAUUUUGCCCCUGCCUUCCUACAAGAUCACUGCUUAUCACUUCAAAAGUCAAUUAUGUUUCCAUUUUUUAUUUUUGUUUAUUGGCUUCUUUUAUUCAUAUUUAACACAUUUUGUCAUUUAAAAUCUUGAGUUUCAUUUCAUUAAAAAAUUUUGGUUGAAGUCAUAUAAAACACAUAUAUAUAUAUAUAUAUUUGUAUAUAUAUCUUAUUUAUGUCACUUAUUUACCCCUCAAAACUCAUUGACAUGUUACAAUUGGCUUCAUAAAAUGUGCAUUAGCUCUUUUGCAGCAUAAGACCGUGAAUUUGGCAAGAAAUCAGAUUAGACCCAAUUUUUCGUGGACUUUUAAGUACAUUACAUACAGGAACAAUUCAAAGAAUUGAUGAAUAAUCCAGAAUAGGAUUAAUUAUACAGUAAUAUGGUGGUGUCACUCUACUCAACAUAAUUCUCUGUGACUAAAAGUGAAGAAAAUUGACUUUUUUGCAUUUUAACUUCAUAAAAACAACACAAUUUGGGGCAUGGGUUUACGUCAGUUCCAAACAUUAUCAUCAACAAGUAUCCAUCUUUUAUACUACCUCCUAUACGACAAAUAUAUCAUCGUGUUUUAUCCGUUUGGUUGUUUCUACAUUGUUUGUACUCUCUAAAUUUUUAAAAAUAAUGUAUUACUCGUAAGUUUUUCCAGAUCACCCCAAGUUUAAAAAAAAAAUCAUCUUGCUGAGGUACUGCAGAAAUAAAAGCCUUUAAUGACACCUUCCCCAAAAUCCUCUUACAGUCAGUGUGCCGCUCGUGAAGAAACACACUACUUAGAUUAUUAUUUAUCGUAGCAUGCAUGUCAUUUGCUAUAUAAGUUACAUAUGAUGUUUAUUGACGUAUUUACAGACUUUUGUGACAGUCAGGCUUGAUUUUUUUUAUCUGUUUAUGCAUGUUUUAUAUAAAAUCCUUUGUAAUCAUUUUCAAGAGUUCCUGUUUAAUAAACUUUUAAAUAUAAGACUUUA